UAUAUAUAGUGUUUGUGUGAUUUUUAAGUUUUGUCUAUUAGAGCUUCUUCUCAAAAUUCUUCUUAUUAUUAUUAACUGAAACAAAAAUCGUAUUUUUGCAGUGAUAAUUUAAUUACUAUACAAUUAAAUCAGGCUCUUACCAUGUCGCUUUGUACUCGCCGGAUAAUCACCGGCGAAUUGUCUGCGCCGGCGGUAACACGUCAUUUUCCGGUAACAAAACUGACAGCUGUCCGGUCACCGGAUUAUCUCUCCUCAAUAUCUCGUCAUCAAAAACCGAAAUCAAUAACGACGAGAUUUUACGUAAUUGAGGAAGCAGAAUUCCGCCACAGAGUCAGUUUUUCUAGGGGCGAUGGCGAAUGGAGGAGGAGGUGUGCAGUGGGAGAUCAAGUGGUGGAGAUUAAUGAGAGAAGGAAAAGUAGUAGUGAUCGGACGGUGGAGGUGGCGGUUGCAGCGACAGCUACGGUGGUGCUAGGUGUAGGGAAUCGUGUGCUUUAUAAGUUGGCAUUAGUUCCUUUGAAGAACUAUCCUUUUUUUCUCGCUCAACUCGCCACUUUCGGAUAUGUACUCGUAUACUUCUCUAUAUUAUAUCUUCGGUAUCAUGCUGGCAAGGUUACUAAUGAAAUGCUUUCCCUUCCAAAAAUUCCAUUUGUUGCUGUUGGUCUAUUAGAGGCUCUUGCUGCUGCAUCCGGCAUGGCAGCUGGAGCAAUUCUUUCCGGGGCCACAAUUCCAAUACUCUCGCAGAGCUUUCUUGUCUGGCAACUUCUCCUGUCUUUUAUUUUCCUUGGGAGAAGAUAUAGCCUCAACCAGUUGUUUGGGUGCUUUCUCGUGGCAGUUGGUGUUAUUGUAACUGUAGCAAGUGGAUCUAGUGCUGGUUCAUUGAUGGAAGCUGGUGUAUUUUGGAGUCUUUUGAUGAUAGUUUCCUUUUUGUUCCAAGCUGCAGAUACUGUCUUGAAGGAAGUAAUAUUCUUGGAUGCUGCUCAAAGGCUGAAGAGAGGUACCGUUGAUCUGUUUGUCGUGAACUCCUAUGGAUCUGCUUUCCAGGCAGUUUUUAUAUGCCUUCUCCUCCCAUUUUUGUCCAAGUUAUGGGGUGUUCCAUUUACUCAACUGCCCAACUAUCUUAGAGACGGUGCUGCAUGCUUUUUGAAUAUCGGCACAUUAUCCGGUGGGUGUGAUGGUGCACCACUUUUACCGCUGCUGUUUAUCAUUGUCAACAUGGGUUUCAAUAUAUCAUUGUUACAUCUUCUUAAGAUCUCUUCUGCUGUGGUAUCUUGUCUCGCGUCUACAGUUUCAGUACCAAUAUCAGUCUUUUUAUUCACAUUACCAUUACCAUAUCUUGGCGUUGCAUCCUCUCUUCCACCUGGUUUCAUAGCAGGAGCCAUCAUCCUUGUCCUGGGAAUGCUUGUUUAUACUUGGAGACCAUCAUCAAGUAGCCUAAAAAAUCAGGAAGUUGAUUGCCACUGUACUUAACUUGUGUCCCUUGUCACGUUUGAGGGAGAAGAAGAUACGAUACUAUCCUUCUAACUUCCCACAAUAAGCAAACGAGGGAUCAAGACGUGCAUGGUCGAUUGUGUUAUAACCUCUCAAACCUCAGGAACACGGCGCUUGUGUUAUAACUUCUCAAACCUCGUUUCUGAAUCGUUAUCGAUCAGUGGAGGUUUGACAGGAUUAUUACUCGAAUCCAUUGCUCUUUUUUGAAAUGCAUGGAGUCUCUACCAUUCAUGUCCUUAGGAAGUUGGAAGUUAUAAGGAAGAAAUUUGUAGUUCCAAUGCCAGAGUAAACUUGGUUCUUGUAUAUCUAACAGUGGAGAAGCCCGGUUUCGCCAUAAGUUAAUUGAACAGAACUAAAAAGGGGUAUGAAAAUCUGCUCCUGGUUUUUGGUUGUUUUGCUGUUGUAACAUAAAUUUUGUUUUUCUAGCCGCAUUCUAGGGGUUCUGGCUAAGUUAAAAGUCAAUUGAUGACAAACUGUAUAUGGCUAUUCUUUCAGAACUAACAAACAGGUGUUGUUAAGGCUCUCUUCAAAGUUCGUUCUUGGACAUUAUUCAUUUUGCUGGUUUGAGACUA